GAUUUUUUGUGCAUCGAAGAAGGAAGCGUCCAUCAUCACCAUCAUCAUUGCAUCAUGCAGACGCUUGAGAUCGACGAGGCCAUCGACGCCGACCCGCUACAGGAAGGCGCGCUCCGCGCGUUCGUCGGCCUCUUGCUCGGCGCCGUCGUCGCGCUCGUGGCCGCGCCCGUCGCGUACCUCUCGACGGCCAUCACGCUCCUACUUCCAAGUGCAACGUACCGCCGUUUGCACCUAAGCCUGCUGCACGCCUUGUGGGCGACCGAGUGGCGCCUGCUCCGGCUUCUCGUGCGGCCACGCCAUCGUGCGUUCGAGGCGCUGCCCGUGCAUGCCAACGUCAUGUACGGGCUCGUGUACUUUGGCGCAGUCAAUCUUAUCGAUGUCAUCUGCGCUGCGCCGCCGCUGGUCGCUGCCGCCGCAUCAGCAAAUGUCAUUUACCUUCUCGCCACGGGCCCUUUGGAUGCUGGCAGCAUCGCUCUCCAUGCGGCCUUGCUUCUCUUGAGCCUCGCCGCCGCCAUCCUCUCCGCUCGCUUCGUGGGCUACCGCUUCUAUGUGCCCUUUGCGACGGCGUGGGCGCACAUGCGAGCCCGGCACAUGGCGCCGCAGACUCCGCGCACACCAAGCCACGACGACGAGGCGUCUGGUCAUAUCUACCUCGACAUGACCGAGGCCAAGACGUCGGAGAAUCCCUGCGUGGGCAGUGCGUACAGCGCUACCAUGCAUGCGUGGGCGAGUGCUGUCGCUGACAAGUGCACGCUCUCCAUGUCGCAUCUACCACAAUAUGUAGCUGCGACGUCGUUGUCGCCGCCGUCGUCGGAAACUUCAGCGACAGCGUCACCCUCGUCGCCCUCGCCGAAAGCUGCGAUUGUCUACUUGCAGAGCACCAGCAGGAACCCUUCAAGCAUCGUGAUCGCACCACCCGCGGUCCGGCUGCAGCCACCGAUGAUCUGCGCGCCGUCGGCGCCGACCGACGACACGCUACUGCUUGCACUCACCCCGCGCCACGGCCGCCACAUGGCGCCGAUGGUCGCGCAGCUCGAGCGCCGGGCGUCACAGUCGUCGUCGAGUGAAGAAGAGGACUUUCAGGCUCUCUGCGACUCGAUUUUGCAAUGCCAUGGCCGGCGCUACGACGUAUUGAGUCCACCGCCAACGCCCGACGUCCGCGGCCACCACCGGUCGCUGCCGUCGUCCGUCUCGUCGGCGACAUCGGACCAAGUCUUUCGAGGCCUCGACGACCCGCCGCAGUUUACAGCGUACGCACCACGGCGCAUCGCGAUGGGCGCCGCGUUUGACUUGAGCAUCUACUGCUUUGGCGGGCGACACGCCGGUGACGUCGUCGAGGUCGCGCAUGCGUACGACGCAGAGAGCCGCAAGGUGACCCGGACGAUCGAUCUGCCGCUGACCAAGGGCACGCACGUGACAAUCUCGGUCCAAGUCCCGGACGGCUUCCGCCUCCUCGAGGCCGCGCACACAACUUUUGUCUGGUCGGGCAAGCUCGAGCACCUCGUGUUUCCGAUCUUUUGCGAAUUGCAUACGUCGAUGCCAAUGACGCCGCACACGGUGGCGGUGGCGAUCGUCGCCAACGACUUUGCCGGCGUCCUUCGUUGCACCCUCGUCGUCGGGCCCAAUGUCUCCAAGCACAUCCAGUGCCAAGACGAGUGGUACCGCUUGGCGCCGGUCAGCGACGGUCUCGAGACGCUGCCAACCGGCUACAAGGAAAUUACGUUUUCCGACCUGCACAUGAAGCGCUGGAUCGGCGCUGGCUUCUUUGGUGACGCCUACCUCGCCAACUAUGACGGCCGGGACGUCGUUGUCAAGACGCUGCGUCAGACGGCAGACGACGUGUCGGCGUUGCAGCACGAAGCCGCCGUCUCGGCGCUCCUCGGGCACCACCCGUGCGUAGUGCCCUUUGUCGGCGCGUGCACCGACCCCUCGGCGCCGCUUGCGAUCGUCACCGAGUACAUGCCGCUCGGGUCGCUCGCCGGCGUCGUCGCCUCGCCGUCGGCCGCGACCAUGUACCCUCCGUCCGUGCGCACGAGCAUGCUCCGUGACGCUGCCAACGGGCUCCUGCAUCUGCACAACAAUGCGUUCUUACACCGCGACAUGGCCGCGCGCAACUGCCUCGUGGACGUGGACGGGCGCGUCAAGAUCGGCGACUUUGGCCUCGCGCGGCGCGGCGCUGUCGUCGAUGCCAGCAUGAGCGUCGGGCCGCUCAAGUGGAUGGCGCCCGAGAGCCUCUCGCCGCCGCACGUGUUUUCCCCGGCCUCGGACGUCUUUUCGUUUGGCGUGACCAUGUGGGAGGUCUACAGCGGCACCAAGCCGUUCGAGGGCCAGCACGCACUCGACGUCGCCGUCCGCGUCUGCGAAGGCGACCGGCUGCCGCUUCAAAACGUGCCGAUCCCCGAGGCGCACUUGGAGCUGAUCGCCCGGUGUUUUGCGCCCGACCCAAUGGCGCGCCCGAGCAUGGCCGAGGUCUUUGCCCACCUCGCAUAGUCUAGUUGUUUCUCUUGUCGUAUCGUCGUACGAGACUCCGUUGUCAAUGGGGUGCAGUGGGCUUGGAGGCUUGAGUGCUUCGGCAGCUGCACCCGCGUAAUACAAGCGUCGUCCCACAACAUGAACACUGGUGUGUGUCGUGCCGACCCUAACCCGAGAAACCGACACGACAGUUUCA